UCAAAACUGCCUCUGUUACAGUCACUGGUUUGCUGUUAGUUGUGGUGCGAGCAACUUGUGAAGCGGCGGUUUUUACCAGACCAGAAGCAUUCUUUUAAUUUUUUAUUUUGGUUUUAAUUCGAUUUUAACUAUGGCCCUCGGUCACGUGGACGCUCUCGCUUACAUCUCCGCGAAAAUUAUGGCAGACGACGAAGAAAGAAAAAAACGUGCGGCCGCUGCCGAAAAGCGAGUUGCUAGUUAUUACUUGAAAGAAAAAUACAGUGACAGCGAGUCUUCUUCUAACAGAGAAGAAUUACAGUACGUACUUAGUUGUCUGAAGUAUACUGUCAAAGACUACAGGGACGAAGAGUGCGAGGAAGAUUGGAAGGUGGUGUCAAACUGUGAUUUGAAACCUCGCGUGGAGGAUAUUAAAGUUUUAGUGAAAAGAGCCAUUUCUAACCAUUAUUCAGCAGUAAAAGACAAUGUGGAUGAUGCCAACAUCUAUGCCAAUUGCCUUCAUUUAUUUUCAAAGGAUUAUAAAUGCGAGAUAAUAGAAAAUCCAGGAGGCGCUUUGUCUUGGAAUUAUCCUGUAAAUAUAAUCGUCCCAAUGGGCCUCCCAGAAAAUCCAAAUCAAUUGGACAGUUAUAGUUGGGAGCCAGAAGUCUUCAGAGACGGAAAAUUUCAAGAAUACAAAGAGAUGCUGAGUCAAGCGCCCAUAGCUAGGUGUCGCAACAGAUUUCCUGUACCUGUCAUCUUGUGUGGUGAAAAGUAUAUUUGUCGAUCUGGAACUCUAGCUGUUCGUAAAAGUGCUGCUUAUGAAGCCCUCACACAAACAAGGGAGCCAGAAAGUAAAGAAGUUCCCGAAGGUGCUUUAUCACAAUUUUGGGAUGGCGUCAAGACUGUGGCUAAGCGAAGCAAAGCAUCCAUUGUAAACUUUUACAAUGCUUUGGAUAUGUUAUUAAAUGUUGAAAUGGAUGACAUUAAAGAGUUAGAUGUUAGAGUUCUGGAGCUCCUGAGUAUUGAAUUCAUUUGUGAUUUGAUGGUGGAAAACAGGAAAAUUCAUACUGGAUUAAGUGUUGGUUCAUCUGAAAAAAUAAACCUGAGAAAAUAUGGAAAAUUUAAAAUACUGAAAAUUCCCUAUCCAGGUUGUGGGUUUUUCGCUCGGUACAGUGAAGCUGGACGAAAUGGCAAAAAUCUUGUAUAUGACUGGGAUAUGCCAGAAGUCGAUGCAUCCCUUGGAAUGGCAGCCGAUGAAGAAGAGAACUUUAAGCUCAUAGAAGAUGUUAAUUGGCAACUUUACGUGAACUGGGACCUUUUAGAGUUGACAAAAAACUACAUGAAAUUGUUGCUGAGUUAUGCUACAGAUAAUCGUUCUGAUGGCCUCCUUGUUCAUUGCAUUUCCGGAUGGGAUCGAACACCACUUUUCAUAUGCUUGCUUCGUCUCUCUCUGUGGGCUGAUGGAUUCAUCCACACCAGUCUGGAUGCCGUGGAGAUGGCCUACCUCACGCUUGGAUAUGAUUGGUAUUUAUUUGGACAUGAUCUUCCAGCUAGAUUGAAAAAUAGCGAAGAGAUACUUCAUUUCUGCUUCAAUUUUAUUCCCGAACUUGCAUCACAAGAAUAUUGCAUGAGGAAAGGUUCUGCCAAAGAUAAGCAUAAUCUGGUGAAACGUAGGGAUCUUCUGUGUGAGGUUAGCAGCUUGGUUUUAAAGUUUUAUGAAGACAGAAUUAGAAUGGAACGAGGCACCCCUGACCGUGCUGUUAGCAGGAAAUAAACAUGCACCAUUACAUCUAAAUUUUACAUAAAGAUAACCUUAAACUGAAUUCUCUUUUAUGCGGCAACUAAAUUGUUUUAAAUAUACAUCUGUUUUUAAUACUAGUAUACAGCAGAUAUUGAUAUCUGUUUUAUUUUACUUUGUUUUAAGUGUAUAUUUGUUAUAAUAAACUUUAUUAUUUUAGUGUUA